AUGCAACGUCUCGCCGGCGCCCUAUACGCGCGGGGGCUCUGUUACGAAGCCAGGGUACAAGUUUUGCCUAGAUAUGACGAGGCCGCGGAUGAGCUAGGGCUUCCGCGGGAAUUCAUACGGGCUAUCGGGACCUCGAGCGGAGAUCUUGUCUCCGUAAAUGCGGGCCAACUCGGAUGGAAGCCGCAGCGAGAUCAACAGAGGUUCUUGGAAAGUAUGGAUGGUGAGAUCCAGGCUGUGAUGGAGCUUGAUUUGGCAGCGGCGAAUUCAAGAUUGGAAACACGAAUGCGCGUGGAAUAUCAUCGGAUCCGAUCGCAGCAGUGA